AUGGUUACUGUAAUUCUGGCCGUUUUGGCUAUUGUGGCUGUCAAUGUCAAUGCCCAAUGUGAUACUAGAGCUGCUAUUGGUAACUAUUUGAACUGUUUGAAAACCGAUUUGGACGCCAAAUACGAUCCAUUUGAAGAUGAAUUGAGAACUCACAGACGGUAUGAUCUAUUCUUAUUAAUUUCUUGAUUUUGAAAUUAAUUUUUUGAAAUUUUUGACAUUUCGUUAUCUUUUUAUUGGAUUUUUAGACGUUUACGCAAAUUUUGGAUGUUAAAAGAUUAUUUUUUUACUAUCUUUUACUAAUAUUUAUGAUAAUAUUGGUUUUUUGACAUUUAGUCACCUUUAAUCGAAUUUGUAAAAUUUGUUACAUUUCGUCAACUUUGUAUUGGCUUUUGAAAAUUAUUCAGAAACAGUGUUUUAUGGCAUUUAUAAACGUUCUAAAGCUUAUUAAAACCAUUUUUAAAUAAUUUUUAAUUUGUGACAUUUCGUCAACUUUAAAUUGAUUUUUUCAUUUUGCCCAAAUCUGGAGUGCUAUUUAUAAAAAUAUAGAAACUAAGGGUUGAACAUAACAAAAAACAGCUAAAAAUGUAAUUUUUCUAAUUUUAGUCAAGCCGCCGAUGCCUGUUUCGCCCACACCAUCGCCGAAGCCAACGCCCAAGAUCGUUGUGUGCUAGCCGGCGCCGACCUGGAAAGCAAAGCUUGGGACCGUAACGGUCCACUCAGAGACUGCUCCAUCUGUCGUACUUUCGCUUCUGGUGCCAUCAAGGCCGUUUUGAACACUCCACCAGAGGAUCAGAAGUGUAUUCGCACUCAAAUCAGCAAAGCCAUCGUGAAAGAAGCGGAAUUCUGCAUGAAGAAGAAGAUUCCUGGCUUUCAAGGACUGCCCGAACUGCCAGAUUUGGAAGAGGGUUCCUAUGCUAUCAAGGAGAAGGUGUAAGUUUGUAUGGGAAAGGUUAUUUUACGUUGAUAUUGGGUUAAAAAUAGCAAAAAAUGGGUUAAAAAGACCAAAAACGGAGAAUUUUUAGUUGAGCGGAGUUGAUAAAAUUUGUCAUAACUUUUGAUUACAGUAAUCCAAACGGCGGAAAUUAGACUUUUUAGAAACUAGACAUACCAUAAUAUCUGGCAGUAUUAAACAUAGUUUAAAAAUUUUAUUUUGCUACUUAAAAUUUGAAAAAGUUUUAAAAAAUUAUAUCUUUCUGAGUUUGGGAGAGUGAUAGAAAAUUGGUCAUAACUUUUGAUUACAGUAACUCAAGCGGCUGAAUUUAGACUUUUUAGAAGCUAAGCAUUCUACUGAUUAACCUCAUAUUAAAAAUGUAUUUUUGAAGCGCUUUUAAUACCUAAAAAUUAAGAAAUAAAUUUUGAAAUCCAACUUUUUGAAAGCAAGUGGGUGAUAGAAAAUUGGUCGUAACUUUGGUUACAGUACCCCAGAAGGCUAAAUUUGUACUUUUUGUAAAGGAGACAAUCUAGUAAUUCAGUUUAUUGUAAAAUACGGUUGUUUUCAGUGUCUAUUUUAUAUGAAAUUUUAAAAAAUCUUUGAAAAAUGCGAAUAAUUCUUCGAAAACUUUUUUUUCCACCCUUGCGACCCUGAAAAACCGAAUAAUUGUUACCCAAAAUUUAACAAUAAACAACUUUUAGUAUUGACUCAAUCUCCGACUACAUCCUCAUCCACUCUCGUUUGACGUUCUGUGCCGAAAGGAAGCCAGACCGUGCCGCUUCGACUCGCCAAUGUCUUCAAACCCCAUUUCCAGGCUACUUGAAACAACACUGUCAAUGUGAGUAUACUGUAACACAAAACAUUUUUUUUGGCUUUAUUUGGUGUUUUUUGCCUACUGUAACAGAAAUCAAAAAAAAAUUUUUUUUAAAUUUUUUAGAUUUUUUUAAUAAAAAUUAAUACUUGACCUCCGCCUUAUUUUACCAAAUUCAAAACGUUUCAGCCAUUGGUCAAUGUGACACCCAAGCCAUUGGAGCCGGUUGCCAAGCCGAGCUUAAGCAACACAAGGGCGCAACCUGCGAAUGUAUCGAUGAGGCUCGGUCGGAUUUGAAGCGCAGAAUCGCUGGAAUCGCUCAAGCCAUCCAAGCGGCCGUUGACGGAGGCCGCGGAGCUCCACAAAUCGGCGGAGGCACCAAGGUCGACGCUUGCGUUAACAACAUCAAGCAACAACUGUACGUUUUUUUUAAGUUGAAGACUUGCUGGACGUAUUUUACAACGAAAAUUUUUAAAUCAAAGCUAGAUAUAUAGCACCUUUUAUACCUAAAAUCAUUAAAAAACAGCUUGAACAAUACAGCAUUAAAUUGGACAUAGGUCAGGAAAACCUAUUGUAACUUUUGAUUACCGUAACCUAGAAAUUUAAGUUUAUGAUUUUUGAAAAGUAGAAAGACUAGGCUUUUAGGUGAUAGGCAAUAUUGCAUUUGGCAACACGUUUUUUGUACCUAAAAUCUACUUAAAAACAGCAUGGACAAUAUAUCAAUAAGUUCGAUCUGGCUCAGGAAAACUUGUUGUAACUUUUGUUUACCGUAACCGAAAAAUCUAAUCUUAUGGUUUUUGAAAAUCAAAAAGACUAGGCUUUUAGGUGAUAAGCAGUAUUAAAUACUUCAGUACGUUUUUUAUACCUAAAUGCAUCUAAAAACAUCAUGAACAAUAUAUCAUGAAAUUUGACCUGGGUCGAGAAAAGUUGCUGUAACUUUUGGUUACCGUAACCCAGAUGUUGCAAGUUAGACUUUUUGAAAACUAAAAAGAUUACACCUUUAGGUGAUAUGCAAUAUUGCAUUUGGCAGGACGUUUUUCAUACCUAAAUACAUCUGAAAACAUCAUGAACAAUAUAUUAUGAAAUUCUACCUGGGUCAGAAAAACUUACUGUAACUUUUGGCUACCAUAACCUAAAAAUUUAUGUUUAUGCUUUUUGAACACGCAAAAGCAUGGGCUUUUCAAUGAUAUAUAACACAAUAUUAAAUUUUUUCAAAAAUCAUGUUAAAUUCAUAAAAACGAUGACAUAACCCCAACAUUUUCAGUGUCACCCCAACCAACGACUGGGGAGCCGUCAUCGACCAAGCCCUGAACUCAUGUAUCAAGAACAAGCCAUCAGCUCAAUCACUAGGUAUUGACUCGUUGUUGAACGUAGGAUGUCGCAAAAUCAUUGCUGAUAACACUGGCACAGCCACUGCUCAACUCAAGACAGGCUUUGACUUCGUGAACAACCUCAUCGACGCCAUGGUCGACCGCUCCAAGCGAUUCUGUGGCGGCCCACACUGUGGAAACUAA